UCCUGACGCCGUAGCGGAUGGGGCGGCUCCCAGAGGAGCAGAUAAAGGAGCGGCGGCGGGGAGUCGCUCAGAGCUCGGCUCAGCCUCGCCAGGAGAACGACGCUCUGCCUCCAGAAGAUUCACCUGCUCAGGUUGUUCUGCCGCCAUCUUUCCCCAUCAGAGGGAGGACCGUCCGUCGGUCUGCAGCGCCUCUUCCUGUCACUUCUUGUCACUUCCUGUCCGCCGCCAUCCAGCUGCAUUCACAGGUUCUAUCUGUCCAGACCCAGAGGUUGAGCGAGCGUCGGGUCCGUCUUAGACUGAGGAAGAGGGUCCAGAAACAGCCGCCAGGAGUAAACCUUAAACGUUCAGCAGCUCUGACCAUUAAAUCCUGCAUCUGUCUUCCUGAACUGUGGAACAAGUGGAGCAGCUGAGGAUCUACUUCUACGACUCUUAACCAAACCGAAAGGAUGGUGUCCAUCAGUCAGAACACUGCCAUGAAGAAAAAUGGAAAUGAAGUCCAUGAACCUGUGGCAGGCAUAUUUCUGGAGAAGACAGGGGAGAAAUUCACCAUUUAUCAGGCCAUGAAAAAACGUCUGCUUAAACCGGGAACGGCAUUAGCUCUACUUGAAGCACAAGCAGCCACUGUGGGCAUCAUAGAUCCGAUAGGAAACCGUAUACUUCCUGUUGCAGACGCUGUUAAAGAAGGAGUAGUUGGUCCAGAAAUGAGGGAGAAACUUCUCACUGCAGAGAAAGCCAUUAGUGGGUACAUAGACCCCUACACCAAUCAAAUUAUAUCUGUGUACCAGGCUAUGCAAAAAGAUUUAGUCCCCAGAGAGUAUGGCUUGAGGUUACUGGAAGCACAGAUAGCCAGCAAAGGCAUCUAUGACCCUGUGGAGAAGACCAGCAUCUCUACUGAUGCCGCGAUCCAAAAGGGCCUUUAUGAAAAGGCUUUGCUUAGUGACCAAAUGUCUGAGCUGAAGGUAUUUUACAAUCCAAGCACACAAGAAUAUCUUAACUACCAAAACCUUCUGGAAACAUGCACUGUGGAGCCAGAAACCGGCUUGUUGCUCCUUCCUGUCUGUAUUGCCUUCAAAGGUCUGCGCAAAGGCAUUUCCUCCAGUGAACUGUUGGAGUCAAAGAUCAUUGACAAAGAAACAUAUGAAGACUUGCAAAAGGGGAAGACCACAACCCAGGAUGUGAUGUUGAUGGAAACCGUGAAAGAAUACCUGGAAGGCAAAGGCAGCAUAGCAGGCAUUGCUGAUCUCUCAACCAAUCAGAGAAUAAGCAUUUAUCAAGCCAUGAAGCAAGGGAUAGUGAUGCCAGGCACGGCACUUGUUCUGCUGGAAGCACAAGCAGCAACUGGGUUCAUGAUUGACCCUGUAGGAAACAAGAAAUACACAGUGGACGAAGCUAUUAAGCACAAACUUAUUGGCCCAGAAUGUCAUUUGAAGCUGCUUUCAGCUGAGCGAGCAGUGACUGGAUACAAAGAUCCUUAUUCAGGAGAGACCAUAUCCCUAUUUCAAGCAAUGUCAAAGGAUCUCAUCGUUAAGGAACAUGGGAUCCGGCUACUGGAGGCACAAAUUGCCACUGGUGGAAUAAUUGAUCCAAUCAACAGCCACAGACUUCCCACUCAAGUGGCCUUUAAGAGAGGCUAUUUUGAUGAAGAAAUGAAUAAGAUACUGGAAGAUGAAGGCGAUGACACAAAAGGAUUUUUUGACCCAAAUACAGAAGAAAACCUUACAUACCUUCAGCUGAUUGAAAGGUGUGUCACCGAUCCUGGCACUGGAUUGUGCCUUCUUCCUCUACAUGACAAAUCAGGCAAAUUUAAUUCUAGCUUUAUUGACUACAAAACAAAAACUGUCUUCAAAACUGAAAAAGUCAAAGUGACAUGUGGGAAGUACAUAGGAAUGACAGUCUCUUUGUGGGAACUACUGAUGUCAGAGUACUUCAAUGAACACCAGAGGCAAGACAUAUUUCAGAAAUACAAGGAAGGGAAGUUAAAUAUCUCUACAAUCAUUAAGAUGAUUUUGGAGACCAUAGAAACAUCAGUAAAAGCAACAAAAACCGUCUUUGAGGGUAUACGGGAAACUGUCACAGCCAAGCAGCUUGUUGAAGCAGAAAUCAUCAGUGAGAAAGUGAUGAAGGAGUUGGAAGAUGGAAAAAAGUCAAUAAAGGACGUAAUAGAGGAUGAAAAUGUAAAUGUUUACUUACAGGGAAAAGACAGCAUCGCAGGUAUUCUGCUUCCAGAUUCCCAAGUUAUAACAAUCUACCAAGCCAGACAAAAAGGAAAGCUGAUGCCAGGAACUGGCCUGAUUCUGCUGGAGGCACAAGCAGCUACUGGGUUCAUUAUUGACCCCAUUGGAAACAGGAAGUUUUCAGUGGAUGAUGCUGUCAAAGCUAAAAUUGUGGGACCUGAUGUCUGUCAGAAGCUGCGUUCAGCAGAGAGAGCAGUCACUGGGUAUAAAGAUCCACAUGAUGGAAAAAUAAUCUCUCUGUUCCAAGCUAUGCAAAAAGACCUGAUCCUGAAAGAUCAUGGGAUUCGACUUCUGGAGGCACAGAUUGCCACUGGUGGUAUCAUUGAUCCGGUGAACAGCCACCGCAUCCCUGUACAUGUAGCCUAUAAGAGGGGAUACUUCCAUGAGGAGAUGAAUCAGAUUUUGAGCGAUCCAAGUGACGACACCAAAGGUUUCUUUGACCCCAAUACCCAUGAGAACCUGACAUACUUGCAGCUCCUGGCUAGAUGUGUCAAAGAUCCCAGUACUGGUCUGUGCCUCUUACCUCUGAAAAGCAAGAGCACCAAAAUAAAUAUUGAUGACAACAUGAGGGAAAUUUUCCAUAGGACAAUAAUUACUGUCAAGUAUGGCAGAUUCAAGGGCAGCACAACUCUGUGGGAAGCAAUUAAUUCAGAAUAUCUGUCUGAAGACAAACGACAGGACCUUUUCAAACUUUUCAGGUCCCGGAAAAUCACUGUUGAGCAACUGACAGUGACCAUUAUAGAUAUCAUUGAGAGCAAGGAGAUAAAACAGCAAGCAGAGCUGAACUUUGAAGGUCUCAGGGGAGAGGUGUCUGUUGUGGAUCUCUUGGAUCUUGAAAUUGUAGAUGAAAAAACAUACAAAAGUAUGAUUGAUGGAAAGCUUUCAAGUACUGAUGUAAUGAAGAUGGACAGAAUAAGAGCCUACCUCCAAGGGACAAGCUGUGUAGCAGGAUUGAUACUACAACCCUCCAAUCAGAAACUAAGCAUCAAUGAGGCACAGAAAAUGGGCAUCCUCACUCCAGGCACUGCCCUUUGUCUCCUUGAAGCACAGGCGGCCACAGGAUUCAUUGUAGAUCCUCUAAAAAACCAAAAGUUUACAGUGGAAGAAGCACUAAGAGAAAAGGUCAUUGGUCCACAAGUGUACGAAAAGCUGUUGUCUGCAGAGAGGGCCGUCACUGGUUACAAAGACCCAUACACAGGUCAAAAGAUCUCUCUAUUCCAAGCCAUGAAAAAGGAUCUUAUUGUCAAGCAGCAUGGUAUUCGUUUACUCGAGGCCCAAAUUGCUACUGGUGGUAUCAUUGAUCCAUUGAAAUGCCUUCAUUUACCUCUAGAGGUUGCAUACAGGAAAGGUUAUUUUGAUGCAGAACUCAAUCAAAUCUUAACAGACCCCACUGAUGACACAAAGGGCUUCUUUGACCCAAAGACUCAAGAAAAUCUGACAUAUAUGGAAAUGUUGAGCAGAUGUGUGAAAGAUAAAGACACUGGACUCCUUCUUCUGCCACUUAAUGGCACACCAAAGACAUCAGCAAAAACAGACAAGACAUACACAGAAGCAGAAAUAAGGCAAGAGUUUGAAAAGACAUUUGUAAGCGUAAGUGUGGGACGGUAUUCGGGAAAAUCUGUUUCUCUCUGGGACUUGAUUCACUCUUGUUACUUCACUGAAGAUCAGCAGCUAGAAUUUAUUGAAAAAGUAAGAACAAAGCAGAUGAACACCCAAACAAUAAUCACAGUAGUGAUUUCCACAAUUGAAAAACUGGAAAGGGAAACCCCCAAAGUGACAAUGGGGCUGAGAAAGGAAGUAUCUGCACAACAACUCUUAGAUUCUGAUAUUAUUGACUCAGCCACAUUCACACAGGUUAAAGAAGGAAAGCUAGACUUUGAAGAAGUAAGCAAAAGUGAAUUUGUGACAAGAUAUCUUCGGGGAACUGCAAGCAUUGCUGGUAUCAAAAUUUAUCCAACCCAGGAUGUAAUGAGCAUUUAUGAGGCAAAACAGAAAAAUCUUUUGACUCCCGGCAUUGCACUUGUACUGCUUAAAGCACAGUCUGCAACAGGAUGGGUGAUUGAUCCUGUCAGCAAUAAGUUCUAUUCAGUUGAUGAGGGUGCAAAGGAGAUGGUAAUUGGAACAGAUGUCCUUGAGCAACUUCUUUCAGCACAGCGUGCUGUCACUGGCUUUAAGGAUCCUUACACAGACGGCACCAUAUCCCUGUUUGAAGCGAUGAAAGAAAGACUAGUUGAAAGAAGUGAAGGCCUUCAUCUUCUUGAAGCACAGAUGGCAACUGGAGGAGUUAUCGACCCAAAUCAAAGUCACAGAGUACCUGCUCAAGUUGCUAUUAAAAAAGGAUUCCUUGAUGAAGAAACUUACAAUUUCCUGCAAAACCCAAGUGAUGAUGCAAGGGGUUACUUUGACCCAAAUACCAAUGAAAAUUUAUCCUACGUUCAACUGAUGAGUCGAUGUGAAAGAGAUUCCAAAACUGGACUCCUUCUCCUGCCAUUGGAUGUUGAUGAGUCCAAGGAGUUUCAUACAGAUGAGCAGGUGGAGCUUGCCUUCAAAAACAAAAGUAUUUCCCUGACUGUAGGAAAAUUUAAGAACAAC